CGAAGAUUCACGAACACCGCCGACCUCAAAUGGUCCACAAACCCGAGAUCAACCGAAAGUCUCCAGUUGCUCCCGAUCCGGCCCCAUUGAAGUCUGUUGUUGUCGGUCUGGGGGCGAUGGGGUGGACGAGAUUCAAGAAAUAAAGGAAAAAAAAGUCGAUUUCCAGGAAGCAUCCCUCCUGAGCCCCUCCCAGUCCAGUGAUUUUCGGAUUCGAGGCUUGACAAAGAGACAGACGAUUCAAGAUGAAAGUAAUCAGCCCUGCUGUGAUUAGCGCCCUGUUCUGCACUGUUGUGUCAGCAACUUUGAAAGUCAAAGAGGAACACAGGACAGCCUUCUUUGGGGAGGACAUUCACAUCGAUGUCUCGCCUGGGAACGUUAGUGAGGUUGUGUUCAAACCCAGGUACAAUCGCUCCGCUGAGGUAGUUCUACUGCAAGCAGGCCGGGUGAUGACUCCACAGGGCCAUAUCAACUCUCUGGGCCACCUGGUGCUGGAGGACGUGCAGGAGGAGAACGAGGGGUUGUACAUUAUGAGGAACCCCACUACACCCAACUUAGCCAAGCACCUCAUCCUCAUUGUCAGGGACUGUGCUUUGGAGCAAGUGGUGAAGUAUGGAGAAACUUACUACAUCCAUCUCAACCAAGUCAAAGGACCCAUCACCCUGGAGUUCAGGCCCAGUCUGGCUCAUCCCAAUCAGACUGAGAUGCAGCAUGCAACAGAGUCUCCAUCUGUGAUGCUGUAUAAUCAGACAGCGGUGUCAGCAGAAGAAUAUGUGGGGCGACUCAGUGUGUCGGAGAAACGGGUGAUGCUGCACUCGGUGAGGAUGACGGACGAGGGGAGCUUCACAGUGCUGGACCGUGACGGCAAAGUGAGGAGGAGGAACUGUCUGAAUGUCAGAGAGCACCAGAACUUCAUGCACCUUUCGUAUGGAGCAAACCUGAAGAUGAAACUCUAUGUGCACCAUUCCAAUGUUAACAUUGUCUACAGGCGCAAAUCAGACAAUCAGGACCAGGUCAUCCUGGAUCAGGGGGUUCUGGUGACACCGCUGGACCCUCAGCUAGAGGGCAGGCUGAGUGUGCAGGGAUCAGAGCUCAUCAUGAAGAAGGUCCAUGUGGCUGACACGGGUGUCUUCAAAGUGACAGACCUGUCUGGGUAUCCUGUGGCUCAUGUCUACAUAGAGGCAGACGCCUAUAAGCUGCCUCCCCUGACUGUAGCCAUCCUCUCCCUGCUGUGUCUGAUCGCUCUCAUGCUGCUGGUGUGCUUGCUGUCCUGUCUCUAUAAAAUUCAUAAGAGGAAGGAGAAAAACAAGAAGCUGAUGCUCAUUGCUCAGCAGGCUGGCAAAGGAGACGGCGAGGCUUUUAGACAGGUGGUCCACGAGGCUUAUACCCGAUUCGCUGAGGAUUCUCUGAUGCAGUCUGUGUGUGAUAAGACCUCGGAGAGCACUGAGGUCACAAUUAAGGGCCUUGAGGUGUCCAAACCGGGCCGCUACCAGGCUCUCACCUCAGACAAUUUUUUGGAGAUGAGCGACUCUGGGGUGGAGUUCACCAUGUCUGGCCUCCCACUGGACAGUGACACUGAUGCUGCGAUGAACUAUGCCUCCCAUAAGCCGCUUCUGAAUGCCAUCUCCCCUACAGCCGUGACAGGAGGAGUUCACUCUGACAGCCUGACCACAGUGUCCCCCCACGGUGACCUUAGCGCAAGCCGGACCCCUGACUCCGUCAUGAGUGCCAGCCCUGCUUCCAAUCCUCGCUCUCUUGCUGCUGCCACCCCCGAUGGCAGCCUGCGUGGUGCUGCUUCGCCGGGAACAGCCUCCAGGGCUACUGCUGGAUCGGAUUCAACCAAGACAGAGGGAGGGGCGGAGAACGGAGAAGGUGGGCAGAAGGAGGAAUCAGCUCAGAGCACCUGAGAAGAUGCACCAGGGUGUAUUUUUUUUAGCUCAUGAUCCUUAUACAGUAACGACAUCCACAACCAUCUGGCUGCAUUUCUGGGAACCUUAUCAUAUUCAAACAACACCAAGUUCUUGAUCAUUGCAUUUGAAACAACAUCACAGACAAAAUAUUCAUGCUUGGAUCCAGAUUUCAGUUUAGCCUAGAAGAAAAUAAUAAAAAGGCAGUUGCACAAUGUGCCCUAUACAAAAUUGAUGCACCAAAUGAGAUGCAAGAAAGAGCAAACCCAAGCUCUAUCAAAAGAAGAACAAAGCAAUUCUGUGCGUAUGGAAAAAGCAUGCAUUUAAAUUAAACAUUAAAGUAGAUAUCAUAGUUCACAUCUACAGGAAAAUGCUGACAUUAGAGUAGAUUGACUGCAUGAAAGCUUCAAUGGGCUAAAGAAGCACAGGCUCCAAAAGA